AUGGUGGCCCUGCAAAAGACUGUCGUCCUGACAUCGUACCAGUACACUGCCCUCGAGUCGCUUCUCCGCAAGACCAAGACGGAGAAUGAAAGUCUCAAGGCUGAGCUGUCAACCUUGAAAUCUGAGGACACAAAGGAUACAGACCAGCAGGCGGCAAGCGGCAGCUCUGAUUCCUCUGAGCUCGAGGAGGUCAAGUCGCAAUGCAAGCGCCUGGAGGAGGAGAAGAGAGCAGUCGAAGACGAGCUCAAGGCCGCCAAUGGGAAGAUGCAGACCCUCAUGCAAGCGCUGAAAGAGCAGCAGGAGGAAACAGACAGGCAGUCCAGGGAGGGCGAAGGCAGUUUGGCAAGAAUCGCGGUUUUGGAGGAGGCGAAUGAAAAGCUCAAGAGCAGGCUCGAGCUAGGAAACAAGGCACUCGAGACUCAGCAUGAGCUCGAGAGGCAGCUCGAGGAGCUCCGAGCCACGUCCGCUGCUGCGGCAGACGAGGCGAGCAGGAAGGAGGCAGAGGCCGGAGAGCUGCUGGAGAAGGUGAAGGAGAUGGAGGGCCGGCUGGCGCAGGCAGAGGAGGAGGCGAGGAGGGGAGACGAUCUUGUGGUAGAGCUGCACGCAGCUCGGCUGCAGGUGGAGGAGCUGGAGGGGGCAAGGGAGGAGCUGCGCAAGCAGCAUGAGGACGCCGAGAACGCCCAGCAGGCCCGCCAGCAAGAGCUUGAGGAGAAGAUCGCGCAGCUACAGGAGGAGAACAUGUCCCUGCAGCAGAUGAGCAUGAAGGAGGACGGGGAAGAGGCUCUUGCUGAGGCCCAGCAGCGGCUCGAGAAGGAGCAGGGCAGACGCGAGGAGCUCGAGAGGCAGCUCGAGGAGCUCCGAGCCACGUCCGCUGCUGCGGCAGCGGAGGCGAGCAGGAAGGAGGCAGAGGCCGGGGAGCUGCUGGAGAAGGUGAAGGAGAUGGAGGGCCGGCUGGCGCAGGCAGAGGAGGAGGCGAGGAGGGGAGACGAUCUUGUGGUAGAGCUGCACGCAGCUCGGCUGCAGGUGGAGGAGCUGGAGGGGGCAAGGGAGGAGCUGCGCAAGCAGCAUGAGGACGCCGAGAACGCCCAGCAGGCCCGCCAGCAAGAGCUUGAGGAGAAGAUCGCGCAGCUACAGGAGGAGAACAUGUCCCUGCAGCAGAUGAGCGUGAAGGAGGACGGGGAAGAGGCUCUUGCUGAGGCCCAGCAGCGGCUCGAGAAGGAGCAGGGCAGACGCGAGGAGCUCGAGAGGCAGCUCGAGGAGCUCCGAGCCACGUCCGCUGCUGCGGCAGCGGAGGCGAGCAAGAAGGAGGCAGAGGCCGGAGAGCUGCUGGAGAAGGUGAAGGAGAUGGAGGGCCGGCUGGCGCAGGCAGAGGAGGAGGCGAGGAGGGGAGACGAUCUUGUGGUAGAGCUGCACGCAGCUCGGCUGCAGGUGGAGGAGCUGGAGGGGGCAAGGGAGGAGGUGGCGGAGCUGAAAGAGUGUUUGUCAAGCAUGGAGAAGGAGGGGCAGGCUGUCCAUGCCUCCUACGAGCUCCUGCUGUCCGAGAAGGAUUCUCAGCUCGCUGAGCUGGCCGGGCAGCUGAAGCAGCUCGAGGAGUGCAAGGAGAAGAUGCGAGAGGAGCUCGAGGAGGCGAACAGUGAGAUCGAGAAGUUCCUCGAGCUCGAGAAGGACCUCAACGCCCAGCUGAAGGCCCACCAGGACAGAGCCGCUGGCAGCGAGCUGGACGCCCUUAGGGAGGAGGUGAAGAGCAAGAGCGAGCUGCUUGCCAACGCUGCCAUGGCGCAAGAAAACCUGAAGCUGCAGCUGGAGAAGGCUAGGAAGGAGGUGGAGGACGCAAAGGAGGGCGCGAACUCCUCUGCGUCAUCGGCAGCCCAGCUGGAGACGCAGCUGAGCAGGGCGGAGGAGGAGAGGAAGGCUCUGUCAGACUUGCUGUCAUCCACCAGGCUGGUGCUGGAGUCGAAGGAGGCCGAGCUCGAGAGCGUGCGCUCCCAGCUGGAGUCCAGCAGGGCCGAGUUGAGGGGCGUUCAGUCGGGGAUGGCCGUGGAAGGGGGGGAGCUCAGGAAGGAGCUGGAGAGGAAGGAGGAGGAGAACUCCAGGCUGCAGCAGAAGCUCGCGUCCUCCAAGGACCUUCAUGAGAGCUCAGCAAACCAGGUGGAGAGGCUUAAGAAGGAAUUGUCGGAGAAGGAACAAGAGCUCGCGAAACUUCAGGCUUUGAGCGCGCAGGCUGAGGAGAAACUGAUCCAGGAGAAGAAUACCUUGACGGAAAAAGUCAAAGUCCUCACCUCGAAGCUCGAAGCUGCUGAGAGUGCGCGAGAAAUGGCCGCAGCCAAGAUGAAGGAGGAGGCAGCAGCUUCUCAGAAGCUUUCACAGAGGAUUGAGAGCCUCCUGGACAAGGUGAAGUCACAGAAAGAUUGGGAAGAGGCGAGAUGA